AUGGUUCACAGUUGCAGUUUGUCCAGUUGUCGUCUACCAGAUGAUGACUCUAUGGUAUCUUGUGAAAGGUGUAAGCGCUGGUGGCAUUACAGCUGUCACGAUUUUGAUCCCAGCAAGUACGACACAAUAACUCCCUGGUUUUGUGAGGAGGAAGAUUGUGUUCUACGAGAAGAGGGUGAAGUUUCAGGUGUGUUUCCAAGUCGCAGAGAUUCUUUGCCAACAGCCGCUUCCACAGUAGAUGAGGUCGAAGAUGAAAUUAAUUUAAUCAUAGAAGCUGCUGCAGUGGCGCAAGCUGCUGUGGCUCAUCGAGACAAGGAACUUUUGGAGUUGCGUGCUGAACUUGCGGAGACCAAGUUGAAGUUGUCAAAGGUCGCUAUCGUCAAUGAUCACGUAGAUUCUAACUCCAUCAGCGUUCCAAAAUCGAAUUUAAACGCUUCAAAAACGAACAAGUUAGAAAUAAUUAAAAAGAUCCAGGCUAAUCAUCAGGCACUUUUGAACAGCACGAUUGGACACUACCAGUCUACUCCGUUACGACAAACUCUCUCUAAGAAACCAGACCAGCCUACACCACCGUUGCAAGAAACAUCCGAUCAGCAUACAAGGGGAAGUGAUACUUUUUCUCGAGACCAAGAUAUGGCAAAUCUCCUUACUAUAUUAAAUCGCAACAAUGUGCAGGAGCUGCCGAAUUUCUCAGGUGAUAAUAAAAGAGAGUGGCCUUACUUUGAAGAGGUUUUUAGAUGUACCACGAUCGAGGGGAGAUACAGCUCUAAAGAAAAUGUUGCACGUUUGCGUAAGGCAUUAAAGGGAGAGGCCUAUCAACUUGUAAGCGACCGUCUCAAAUACUCAUCUGAUGCUGAUGCGAUAAUGGAUUCACUCCGCACCAUGUUUGGUCGCUAUGACGUCUUGGUUCACGACUUGACUUCGGAUUUAUUAAACCUCCCGAAGCUCACUUCGAAGUGUGAUCCCAAGAUUCGUUUAUGGGCAGUAAAGCUCAACGGAUUUGUCGCAGAUAUCAAAGCGAUGAAUAGAGAAGAAGACCUUACAAAUGGAUAUGUUCUCACUAACCUAGCUUCUAGGUUAGCUGCAGGGCUUUACCAAGAAUGGCAAAAGAGAAAAUCAGUAUUGUCAAGAGUUAAUUUUCAACAUUUUGCUGAGUUUAUCACGGAAAGGGUUCUCGAUUUACCUCCUGAUCUGAUGAAACCUGGUGGAACUUCAGAGCAAAAAAAAUCACAGUCAGCUGUUAUCACGAAAUCUUCUCGAGUCCUUUUACAUCAACCUGUUUCUUCAUCUGCGUCAACCAGCCCAUGUUGUAAGUGCCACAAACAACAUUCUUUGCUUCAGUGCGAAGAGUUUUUAGCUUUGUCCCCAGAUCAGAGGCAGAAAUUCGCUAAGGAGAACUUUGUAUGUUUCACAUGCCUGGACCCAUCGAAACACCAGUGGAAAGCAUGUGGGAAAAAAAGAUCGUGUGGUACUGACGGUUGCAACCGACGUCACCACCCGCUGCUGCACAUGACAUCAAGUGGCAGCAACUUCGAGUUAAAUUCAGCUGCAGUUCCGUUCAAUCCACAACCGCAUUUCCACUCAUCCCAUGUUGGAACCGAUGUCUCAAUCAUGUUCAAGAUAGUCCCAAUAAGGAUUUAUGGUAAUGGAGACUUGUUUGCGGAUACUUACGCUUUUCUGGAUGAUGGAUCAUCAUUGUCGAUGAUUGAGCAGGAUCUCUUUGUUGAACUUGGGCUGGAUGGACAUCCCGAACAACUAACGUUGCAGUGGACGAAAGGGGUGUCUCGGAUUGAAGAUUCUAUACGUACUUCUUUGUCUGUGUCUGGCAUUAAGAGUCGUAAGCGGUAUGUAUUAGAGAAUGUUUACACCAUCAAGGAUCUAGGACUUGCUAGUCAGUCUAUUGAUGUUACCCGUUUACAAAGCAAAUAUCCCCAUCUUUGA